AUGGCGGGGCCCAAAUUCGAUGCCGAGGGCUUGAGAGAUGAGUGGGAUUCGAUUGAGGGCAUCCGCCUGCGGCUUCGCAAAGGGAAACAAUUGCUUGCUGGUACAAUGUCUGAAUACACGAUCAGCAGAUGUGUGGAAAAUACAGAGGUCUUGACCCCUGUAUUGCUUCGAUCUGUGGCGUGCGACCACAAGCGCCCAGAGGUGGAGCUUCUGAGAGAAGAGAUCGAAAAUCUGCUGAUGAUGAAUCAGAGAGAGUUUUCCGAGUCGCAUAUUGAUGAUAUGGCGUGGGAAGUUCGAAAACUUCUUACUUUCGUCAAGAGGAAGGCCCAGCGACAGGAGGUUCCUGACUUCCAGGAUUUAUGCCUCAUCGUGAACCCGGAGUUGCAGGAGCUUGUCGACGAGCGCCGUCGGCCUGCAGCCGAGGAUGAGGUAGCUGCUGAUGAUGAUGCUGGUUCAGCUAGUGGCGAAGAAAAUUCUGCAGCAGCCUCGGCAGCUACAGCUCCGAUGAGAACUUUGGAUACUGACGAGACGCAGGUGGUGAACAUCCUUGACUGUGCUACCCCGCCUGACUCUGCUGGUAGCUUCGACAAACGUUUGCCAGCUACUUUCCUUCGUGAUCAGUAUCAGCAUGGUGCAGCAGCCGAUGGAUCCAUAACGAAACUCAUGAUUGCUGCACCCGAGCCGAUUGCUGAAGCAUCCAAGCCGAUUGCUGAACCCGAGCCGAUUGCUGAAGCACCCAAGCCGAUUGCUGAACCCGAGCCGAUUGCUGAACCCGAGCUGAUUGCUGAACCCGAGCCGAUUGCAGAAGCACCGGAGCCUCUGGAUGAGCCCAUUCCGGGCGAGUCGACGGAGGUGCUCACUCGGCGGCAGCAGAUGGGCCUGCGCAAGCGCAAGAAGGAUGUGAACAGGGCCGCCAAAGCAAGCACGCCAGCCCCCAAGAACAAGAUUCGGCGCAAGAAGUCAGGGCUGUGCAAGCUGCGCAAAAGCAAGCGGGCCUUGGCAUCCGUGGCUUGUGGCUCCCGGGAUCCGUUGCCGGAGGCUGAGGACGAGGCCUGGUGGUCACGAGCAGACGACUGGGUUUGGGAUGAUGAGUUGAAUAAUUAUGUGAAGCUCGAGAAGGGUCAGGGCUAUAUCAGCAUCGAGACGCCGGAGGACGAGCAUGCAGAGCCGGCUUCCAAAAGGGCCAAGACCACACGCAGGGUCAGAGGCAAGACCCCGGAGGCUGAGUCGGAAGAGUGUGCCACCCCGGCUCCAAAGCCGAAAGCCAAAGCAAAGGCAAAGGCCCAGGCGAAGUCCAAAGCAAAAGCUUCCCCGAAGGCUUCCCCGAAAGGUGCUGCAAAGGCUAAGAGGGCCAAGGCAAAGUCCGAAGCAGAAGCUUCCCCGAAGGCUUCCCCGAAAGGUGCUGCAAAGGCUAAGAUUGCCAAAGCAAAGUCCAAAGCAGAAGCUUCCCCAAAGGCUUCCCCGAAAGGCGCUGCAAAGGCUAAGGCGAAGCUCGGACGACGAUGCCGAGAGUCGACGGUGGAGGCUGAUAAUGUUGAGGAUCGUGAUGUGGAGUGGGUUUCCGAUUGGGUUCGCGAGACGAAUCUCACAGGGUCACUUGAUGAUUUCAAGCAGUCUGUCAAGCCAUUCCUCCCCGACAAUUCGUGUGGAUACCGGUGCAAUAUCUACUGGACAACGGCUAAGUGUGGUGUGACACUCCGGUACACUGAUGAGUCUGGUGAGAAGAAGCAAACCGAUCUUGUGACGUAUGGCUUCGGCAAGACACGUCUCGCAACAGCCGUUGCGAUUUCCUGUGCCUGUUCCGUUGCAGUACGGCACCUCCAGCAGGAGGAGAUCGUGGAUCCCAACCAUGCCGAGAUCCUGCCGGUCAUCGACUAUUGGUUGACAGCCGGCCGUGUUACAUUCGAGAUCCUGGAGCAUGAAGGGCUGUAG